AAACUUGUAAGCAGCUUCUGCAGAAAUCAAUAUAAACAUGGUGGAUGUGCCAUAUUUGUUCGUCACGCACAUUGAAUGCUGUGGCUUGCAGAUACGGAUAAGUCCAUCCCACUUCACUAUGUCCAUUAGGAUACGGAACACGCACACCCCAGCGAGGAGAAUGAACUAAUGAAGCGUUAACUACGCGACGCAGUUGAGCAUGGCAGCAUCUCAGAGCGUGUAUUGAGCUCUCAAGGUC